UACAACACCAAGUUCUCAUCAUGGCUUCUUAUUCCUUCUUCCUUCUCGUCUUGCUGUUUGCAUUUCUCACCCCUCCUGGGUUUGCCAAUUUCUUCUAUCAUAAGCCUCCAUUAUAUAAGCCUCCUAUCUACAAACCUCCAAUAUACAAGCCUCCGAUUUAUAAAUCACCGAUUUAUAAGCCUCCUGCUUAUAAGCCACCGAUCUACAAGCCUCCUGUUCAUAAGCCUCCAGUCUACAAGCCUCCCACAAAGAAGCUGCCAAUCUACAAGCCUCCUAUUUACAAGCCACCUGUUUACAAGUCGCCAGUCUACAAGCCCCCUGUUUACAAGCCGCCAGUUUACAAACCGCCUGUUUACAAGCCACCCGUUUACAAGUCGCCAGUCUACAAACCCCCAAUUUACAAGCCUCCCGUUAACAAGCCUCCCAUAAAGAAGCCGCCAGUUUACAAGCCUCCCAUUUAUAAGCCGCCAGUCUACAAACCCCCAAUUUACAAGCCUCUAGUCUAUAAGCCACCAAUUUACAAGCCACCAAUCUACAAACCUCCAAUUUCCAAGCCUCCCAUAGAGAAUCCGCCAAUCUAUAAGCCUCCCAUAGAGAAGCCACCGGUCUACAAGCCUCCUAUUUAUAAAAUCCCAAUUGAAAAACCUCCAAUUUACAAGCCACCUUUUUACAAGCCUCCGAUAGAGAAACCGCCCAUCUAUAAGCCUCUUGUUUAAAAGCCUCCCAUUUACAAGCCGCUACCCAUUUAGUAACCCCAAAUUUGGCAGGUCACGCAUGCAUAAGUUUCUACAUCAUGCUAUUUACAAACCUCUGUUGCCUCAUCGGCCAUCAAUUUACAAUCAUCCAUGUAAAAUAAUAAUAUUUGGUCUUCACGAUCUCAAGUACAACACAACAAUGUCUCAAUUAUAUACUAUCUACGUGUAUGGUUGGCACCUCGCUGUAUCUUUAUGCUGCCUACAAAAGUAUUGGACGAGUUUAUGAACACGAGCAUCUCACUAUUGCAAUAUGAGUAAAUCAGCAGGAGUACUGAGCGUGAGAGUCACUGUGCUGUACUUUGAUUUCUUUUUAUAUAAAGUAUGCUUUCUGCA